AUGUCGAAGCUCGAAGAACUGCUGCGGCCACACAGCAUUGAGGCGGUAUGUGCAGCAGACCGCGCUGAUGGCAAGAGCUACAUCCUUAUCGAUGUCGGCCGCGACUCCAAGGGCCGUGCAGUCCCGUCUCUCGAACGACUGAAGCGAAAGGUCGAUAAGUGUCUCGUCACCGACAAGAAGCACGUGUUUGCAGCGACAAAGCUGUACAUCAUCGGUGACUGGAACGCCGCCGAGCCAGGCGAAGGGCAGAAUGAGAGGAAAAAGACACUUGCGGAUGCGCAAGAGUGGAAAGAUGGUGUCGACGCAAUCCGCGACCUUAUUAAGGCCAUGGGCAACUUGAAGGAGCUAAUGCGAGUAUGGACAUCCGGUUUACCGUUCAUGGCCUCCGUCUUCACCGAACUUCCUCCAAAGUUGACAAAGUUGGUUCUGGAUCUUAGCCACCAUGUCCGUGUUGUUGACAACGGCGCGACCUUGACAAAGUUGCACAUUCGACCCGAGGAUAUGAAGCCGCUGCUGAAACAGACAAGGCUGCUGGAGCUUCGCCUUUUAGGUCUGAGAGACUCGCUGCAGUUCAUUGCAUGGAAGACGGUCUACCUGAACCAGCUCCCUGGGGGUAUGCGCAUCCUAGAGCUACAGAUGAACGCCAUGCCUAUCAUCCGCAACAACAACAACAAAUGGCACAUGGCCUUAGAUGUGCGCGGCUUGACGGUGGCGCAGCCUGGUUUGCUCGAGAAGCCUUACAAAGGCCAAGAUGGCAAAGGUGGUCUUCACUGGAGCUUUGGGUAUGGCGAAUAUCUUGACGGCGACUGUAUUCGUAAGGCGAGAAUAGCGUCUGGUGUGGAAGAAGCAGUACCUCUUCCAUUGCAGUGCCUCAUGCUCGAUGGUUUUGUCAUUGACCACCUCCCGUUCGAGCACGAACUCACGGAUAUCGUCCUGCUCGCUUGCGGUGAAAAGUGUAUCGAUGCCGGCAUGCGAGCUCCCAAGACCCAAGCCGAACCAUACAACCCCUGGAGUAAAAAGGUCAAUGACGCUGCCUGCCGCAUCCUCAUACAGUGGCCGAACUGGACCGGCAUUUUCGAUACCGAAGGCGAUCAGCGCGACACGCACGGCGAUGUCGUCUCUCAAGAAGCUGGCCUAUCGACGCCGUACGCGGAGUAUGCACCUUUACCACCCCCACAAUUGCCACUCACGGAGAAGACGCUCAACAUGAAGGAUGUGGGCGACGCACUCAACAAUGCUACGAAGCCCGACUAUUUCAACAUUCAGCCGGCUCUUCUGCCUCUAUCAGGCACUGAUACACCUCUCGGCGCUGUGUCUAACCUCUCCGAGCGUGGUUCUGAGGUCCCAACUCCGACUGCGCUCUCCAUUGCGACGACCGAUGAGAUCCGCGCUGUUGACGGUUCGAUCACUUCCGGAUCAGGUUCAGCAGCCAGCUCAUACAUCCUGCACGCCAACGGUGCCAGCGACUCCACGCCGGAGAUCUCACCAAUCUCACCAAGCUGCAACAGCAGUUUCGAGAAUGACGGCCCACCUCGCGGUCAUAAGGAUAUAUAG